CGCCAUUUUAAGUUGCAUUAAGCCUAGUAUAGUGAUACUAAUAGUAUUACUAUUACUUAUACAUUGUUUGAAUUUGAAGGUGAUUUAUGGUAACAAUAGUGUUUGUACUUUGACUUACGAUGUUUCCUCUGCAGCAUCUUUAUUUUCUAGCUCCUGGUCCCCCAGGACCACCAGGGGGCACACUUCCUUCUCAUGGUCCUCCUCCUGGGCCCUCAGGUGGUCCUUCAAGUGUGUCUCCUCUUCCGUCCAUGGCUGUUGUCUCUCAAACAUCACCAGGACAGUCACUGGAGCUGCCUUCAUUUACCUGCCCUCGUCGUCCCAAUGUUGGAACUGAUGGAAGACCAAUCAUGCUCCGAGCAAACCACUUUGAAAUACAAAUGCCUCGAGGUUACUUACAUCACUAUGAUGUUACCAUUACACCUGACAAGUGUCCACGCAAAGUCAAUAGAGAGAUAACAGAAACUAUGGUCCAGGCAAAUUCAAAGAUCUUUGGAACCCAGAAGCCUGUGUUUGAUGGAAGAAAAAAUAUGUACACUAAAGACGAUCUUCCUAUUGGAAAAGAUAAGGUGGAAUUUGAGGUUACACUUCCUGGUGAGGGAAAGGACAGAGUGUUCAGAUUGGCUUUGAAAUGGGUUGCAAAAGUGAGUCUUUAUGCCCUUGAAGAUGCCCUUCAAGGUGUUUCUCGCACUAUUCCUCCAGAAACCAUACAAGCUCUUGAUGUAGUAAUGAGACAUCUUCCCAGUAUGACAUACACACCAGUUGGAAGGUCUUUUUUCUCAAGUCCAGAUGGUUACUAUCAUCCACUGGGUGGUGGUAGGGAAGUUUGGUUUGGUUUUCAUCAAAGUGUUCGGCCAAGCCAAUGGAAGAUGAUGUUGAAUAUUGAUGUGUCUGCAACUGCUUUCUACAAAGCUCAGGCUGUAAUUGACUUUAUGUGUGAAGUCUUGGAGAGUAGGGAUGUACAUGAGCAGCGAAAACCUCUUACAGAUUCACAAAGGGUGAAAUUCACAAAAGAAAUUAAAGGGCUGAAAAUUGAAAUAACUCACUGUGGUUCUAUGCGACGCAAAUACAGAGUCUGCAAUGUAACUAGACGUCCAGCACAGCUUCAAUCAUUUCCACUGCAGCUGGAAAAUGGACAGACUGUGGAGUGUACAGUAGCUAAAUAUUUUCUUGACAAAUACAAGAAUAAGUUGAGGUAA